GUUCAUAGAGAGAAGGCCGUUCUCCCGUCCCGCCAAUCGUCCGAACCACUUGGCUUCGUUCGCGACGAUGACAGCUCGGGCCAGAGAUCUACAAGGGUCCCCCCCUUUACGAAACGCCGGUCCCGACGGCGCCAAAGCCUCGCAGCGCGUUUAUCUGUCUGAAAUGGCAGAAUAACGAGCGCUUCGUAGUAAAAAAAAGAGAAAGUGGCGAGCACAUGUUGGGUGCGCCUCGGUGCAGCACUGGUGUGAGAUCUCCCUUAUCAGACUCUCUUCGUUCUAAAUUGCGCGGCUAUCGUACAUGGGUAUUACGGUUUGUAUCACGAUAAAACUCGGGAUGUGCGAUGAGCUCCCGAGAGACCGACCGGCGCCUCCGCCACUCUACGGCGCUUCCCCUCUUCUCUCCGCUCGUCGACAAUUGACAUCCAUAUGGGUCGCAGAAAGUAGGAACAGCGCGGCAAUUUAGCGCUGACGCUCGGGACGACCAGACGUUACGGGGUAUAUUGGCCUUGUGUCGCGUGCGGCGAGAAAACACGCCUACGACAGCAUCGCUUCCUGCAGCGAGGAGUAGGGAGCCAACCGGUUUGCCGGAGUCUUGCACCCGUUUUGUCGGCCGGGAGUCGAAACGAUGGGCGCGCCUGUGCGGAUCGCGUUGCUGCUGGCGUUCUGCGUGCCGCUUGCGGCGCGAGCGGCGCAGGACAUGUCGUCCGUCGUGUGGUCGCACGCCACCAACAGCCGCUGGAAGCUGGACAAGGCCCUGAACGACAAGCAGAACCCUUACCUGGAGGCCGACGUGAGCUACGCCGACGGCAUCGCAGUGAUGGCGCAUCCGCCGGUCAAGUCCUGGGACCUGAGUCUCAAGGAGUUUCUUCGCCUGGUGUGCAGCACGCCCAAGAACAUCACGCUCAAGUUGGAUUUUAAGAGCAACGAUGUUCUUCAUGCCGCCUUCCACGACUUGGACAACGCCCCGGUUAAGAACCUACAAGACCUGUGGCUAAAUGCGGACGUAGUGCAAGGCGCCGGCGGGGCCCCACUCGUGGACGGACGCCGGUUCGUGCACAUGUGCUCGACCCGGUUUCCUUGGGCCGUCAUCUCCCCGGGCUGGACCACGCUGCCGCAGUCCACGUACACCUGGGGCCAAGUAGAAGCCAUGGCACGCCUCUUGCUCUGCGAGGCUCCCUUGCCGCCCAGGACAACCUUUCCCGUGCGGGCGUCUCUAGUUGCCACGUCCAUCCCUCAGCUCUCAUGGCUCCUGGACGUCACACGGAACUCGACACUGACCGUUUGGGCGUCGGACAACGACCCUUGGGCCACGGAGGGUCUCGUCAGACUCCGCCAGGAGCUCCCUUGGUCCUCCGUCUAUUACGACCUCCCGGGACAACAAGACGCGGAUUUCAAGGCGGCCAGGAGCAAGGUGUCUUACAGACCUCAAGCAGACGACCUGCCAGAGUGGAGGUUGUCGCUGGAGCCGUCCUGCCAGACAAGGCCCCUCGCUGGAAAGCGGGCCGUGUUCCUGAGGGGCACCUGGGCGUCGGUGAAACUGCCCAGCAGGUGGGAGACGUUGGAGAGCAAGGUGGACCUCACACAAGCGCGGAGUCUCACAGUCGUGCUCGGUGAACACCAUCUCACCCUGGAGGGUCAGUGCUUCUACGCGGUACUCAACAAGGCAGACAACGUGACAGCACGUUUCUGGAACUUCCGCUGCUCCGACGACAACGUGUCCUCAUCUCAGACGCCGCUGAUGACUCGCCUGUGGUCCGUGGGUGCUGGGACGGACGCUGUAGUGCGGUUUGAGUCUGACGGCGCCGUUGUGGUGUAUGAUGUGCACGUGUCCGGGUCCGCUGCCCGGCCGCUUCGGAGCGCGGUCAUGGUGAUGGCCCUUGCGUUAGCUGCCUUCUAUGCUGUCACGUAAUUUGAACUCGGAACAUUGGAUCUAGUCAGAUAGUGGAUCUUACUUUUGUCGCCCCUUUGGAAUUCAAACUCUUCGAUGCUGAAUUGUCGCCCGGUGUGUCAUGCUAAGCCCUUAAAUUUUAACCAUGCUGGUUAAUCACGUUGUUUUUAGCUGCGUUUUUUUUCUAGCUUUUAGGUAAUUUUUGGAAUGAACAGAGAUGCACUGUAUGUUAGAAAUUAUGACUUUAGGCUACAAAACUGCCAAUGGCCAUCAAUCGAUUUAAAUUAGUACUAGCGUUAACGAAGAUCGUAUUUAGAAGACUCGUUCGCAAUGUAUAGGGCUUAUUCUGCAGUUUCUUCAGUUUUACCGAUUUCGGUGUUUCAAUUUUCUCGGCACCCUGAACAGAAACUGCAAGCGUGAGCUUAAAUGUUUGUGAAGGGCUUCUACUCCAUGAACGCCCUCAGCGCAAUUUCACUUCCGAGAGCGGCGAGAACGAGAAAAUGGAAUGGCCGUGCCAGAGCUCUCUAGUUUCGCUUUUAAGCCUGGCACGGCCAACCAAAAGGAAUGCGUGGAGUACGUGUGUUGUUCUCCGGUCCUUAUGGACCGCCAUAUAAGCAUGCAUUUUAUUUGGAAUUUUGAAUGGAUGCGCUAAAAUUUACGUCUUGUCGUUUUUCGCUCAUGUAUGUUCCACAAUUCGACGUAUCACGUUAUUAUGAAAAUUGGAAUACAGCUUUUCAUGCUCGUGGUAGAUGUGUGUGUCUGUUUUCUGUUUUGUUUUCAAUUCAUAUGUAAUUCGCGCCUGCAUCGUUGUGUGCGGUUCGGCUGGAAGAGCGCGUCCGUGCGACGUAGUCGCCAUCUAGCAGAUAGCGAGGGAAUCACGAUCCACACCGUGGCUGUGCUCACCUAGAACUCGAGAAACUAGGAGAGUGGCGACUUCCGGGCAUCUCAUUAUCGCUCCACAGCUUAUGGCAUUGCGGUGUUUACCGACAAGAGCGCCGAAGAACGAAUCACGAAGUUAGAA